AUGGCCUCCGGGGGUUCUGUAGUGGGCGUGAAGUACAACGGAGGCGUUUUGCUGGCGGCGGACACGCUUCUUUCGUACGGCUCCCUUGCAAAGUGGCCAAAUAUUCCCCGCAUAAAACUGGCAGGCGCUCACGCGGUUACGUGUGCUACUGGCGACUAUGCAGACUUUCAAGAAAUGACAACCAUGAUUGAGAAUCAUGUAAAUCGACAAAAAAUGUACGGUGGUGGCGCACUUACCCCGAAGGAGAUCUUCUGCUACCUGCAGCGCCACAUUUAUCACAAGCGAUCCGAGUUUGAACCAUGUCUCUGCCAUUUUGUUGUGGCUGGAUGCCACGGGGGUGAGCCAUUCCUUGGCGGCAUUGAUGACGUGGGCACGCGGUGGACUGAUGAUUGCGUCGCCACCGGCUACGGCGCUCACAUUGCUCUUCCGCUGCUCCGCCAGGCGUUAUCCAAACCAGGCGGUCUGACACGCGAGGAGGCCAUGCGGGUCCUUAUUGACUGUCUGCGCGUACUCUUCUACCGGGAGUGCCGCGCCAUCAACAAAUUCCAGAUCGCUGACGCCACAGACGACACUGUGACGAUUAGCGAGCCGUUUGAGGUCAGCACCAACUGGGAAUACGAAGGUUUCUGCUUUGAAAAAACCGCCAUUAUUCGGUAG